CCGUAGUCCCUCGUCUCUCUCUCUCUCUCUCUCUCUCUCGCUCUAGGGUUUCAGCCUGCCACCUCUCUCUAGCUCACAACUCAGAAUAGCCUCACACCUGAGCUCUCCGACUCUCGGGGUUUCUCAGUCUCCAAUGGGAAGGAAGAAACCCAAGGACCCAGAAACCGACGCCGCCUCGUGUCAGCCCGACAUAUUCAAGACCCUAUUCGGCGCCGCCGCGACCCCGGACUCCGCCCCCGCUAUCUUCUCCGACGACAACCCCUUCCGCCGCAAGAAUCAGGACCCAGGGCCAGGCUCAGCUUUCGCCGCUGCUCCGUCGCUCGAAACCGCUAGCGACGGCGGCGCUGUGGAGGCAGACAAUGGUGAGGUGAAGAAGAGGAAGAAGAAGGCGGCGGAUUCGGCUCCUGAAGCUGAGGAAGCUCCAUUGGAGAACAAAAGGCCGAAGAAAUCGAAGAAGGAAAACCCUAAUUUGGAAAACGAUGUAGUGUCCAAUUUGGUAUUGGGGCUAGAAUCGAACACCGAGAGUGAUCCCAAUUUCGUAAAGAGAGGCGGCGAUGGAGUGAGCGUGGUGAAGAAGAAGAGGAAGAGGGAUGAGCUCGAGAGGGAAUACGAAGCGAAGAAGUAUGGAGUGAAGGAGGAUGGAGAGGUGGGGAAGAAAGUUGGGGAGAAGAGGAAGACGGUGGAUAAUCCAGCUGAAACGCUGGUUUCGGAGGAGGGUUUCGACGACGAAAGCAAGCUUCUGAGGACUGUUUUCGUCGGGAAUUUGCCGGUGAAUGUGAAGAAGAAGGUGUUGAUUAGGGAGUUUAGUAAGUUUGGGGAGGUGGAGUCUGUGAGGAUUCGGUCUGUGCCGAUCGAGGAUACGAAGGCGCCCCGAAAAGUAGCAGUGCUUACGAAGAAAAUCCAUAAGAAGGCCGACAGCGUGAAUGCGUACAUUGUUUUCAAGUCGGAGGAAUCUGCACAGGCUUCUCUGUCCCAUAACAUGGCUGUGGUUGAAGAUCAUCACAUCCGUGUUGACAGGGCAUGCCCACCUCGUAAGAAGCUGAAAGGGGAGAAUUCUUCUGUUUAUGAUCACACGAGAACUGUAUUUGUUGGCAACCUUCCCUUUGAAGUAAAGGAUGAAGAAGUUUAUCAGUUGUUUUGUGGCAUCAACAAUAAGGAAUCAGGAGUUGAAGCCGUUCGCAUUAUCAGGGACUCUAAUGUUGGUCUCGGAAAGGGCAUUGCUUAUGUUCUGUUUGAAACUAAGGAAGCUGCAAAUGCAGUCGUUAGGAAACGAACGCUGAAGCUUCGAAAUCGGGAACUCAGGCUUUCUCAUGCAAAACCAGAGUACAUCGCACCUAAGAGCAAAAGCCAAGAUUCCACCCCAUCUAAGAGAAGCAACCUAUUCCCUGCAUCAAAUUCUAAGUCCCCAGCUAAAAGGCUAGCAGUCAGUCCAAGGACUCCGGAGUUCAAGGGAAACUCGAAGCCUACUAUGUCCUACCAGGGUGUACGUGCAGGUAAAAAUGGUGUCCAAAAGUAUGCAAAAGCUAAGUUUGAAUCAAGGCCUCAGAGUGGUGUGAAGCCGAAAGAACGUACGGAGAAAAGACCAUCUGUUGCUGCCAGAAAAGCCAAGGCGACACUCCAAGGUAGUGCUGCUUCAAAACAAACAGGUGUGAAGCGUAAGAUGGAUAGCCGGACUCCAGAGAGCUCCCACCAGAAAAAGAAAUUCAAGAACUUUAGGUAGACUAGGGCUACACAGAUAGGGGCCAUAUACAGAUGAAAAUCAGGAAGGGCUGUCACUGGUUAUACAGGAUGAAAAUGAUGAAAGGCUCUGCUCUCUGGUUCUGUGGCGGCAAAUGUUUAAUUAUUUACCCUGUUCCAAGCUUUUAAUAUCAUUUACUUGAAUUGCAAAUAUUCCUGCUUCUGGUUUUAAUAUACUGUA